GAAAGCACCCCUAUACGCACAUAUCUACCUACCUACCUACCUACCUAUACGCGGCUAUAUCGUGUACCAUAGAGCCGUCAUCGCCAGCGCGAUCCGAGACAUCACGAAAUCUCCAUCGAGGCCACAACCGAGCAUCAUCGCCCCUACCCAUCCUUGCUGCCUCCCAGCACGAGUACGAAAAGAGAGGGAGCUUUCGCCAGAAAGUGUCGUCGCCGUCGUCGCUACCCGCAAAGAUGGCGAAUCUACACAGAUUUAUCCCCAUCGUCCACGUCGUCGCCGUGAUUUUCGCCAUUAUCGAGCUCGGCCUCACGGCUUAUAUGUCGAGUUUUUAUCGCGGCUGGUACGGGCUUGGGUACUACUCGCCGUCGCAGGUGAACUUCAUGAUCUUUAACUCGGUCUGGUCGCUGCUCGUGCUGGCCUACGUCGGCCUCACCCCCCUGUACUUUGCCAACGUCUUCCACUCCCUCGCCGCCCUCGCCUUGAACCUCAUCACUACCGUCUUCUGGUUCGCCGGCGCCAUCGCUCUCGCCGUCCUGGUAGGCGGACCCUACCAAUGCGACGCCAACACCUACUGCGGCGCCUCCGAGGCCGCCGUCGCCUUCGGCUUCUUCCUCUGGGCGUUAUUCACCUUCCUUGCCGCUCUCGACGGUAUCAAUUUCCUACGCAGUCGGGGUCAUGACGUCAGCAAGCCGCAGGCCAACCCUGGUGCAUGAGUGUGAAUACCCCCGUAUACAGACUGCCGCUAUUCCUCGAAACGGCCCCCCCUCCUCCCUAAUAAUUACCAUCUGUGCCGUCUACUACCGAUAAUC